AUGGCGCUUCAAUUCGACGACACUAUAAAAAAAAUUGAUUUUGUAUUCCGCUACGCCGGCAUCAACAUCAAAUGUGGGGAAAGGAAAAAGAAAGAGACAAUCAAAGCUCGAUGCAUGUACGUUUUUAACUUUUUCUGGCUGAACGUCGAUGUAUCCGGUUCAAUAUUCUGGUUCAUAGACGGAGUACGAAUGGGUAAAGAUUUUAUAGGUCUCACAUAUAUUGCCCCUUGCAUAUCACUGAGCACACUUGCGAAUAUCAAAUCAGUUUUCCUGAUAUCCUCGGAGAAACAUAUUUACAAACUGAUCGAUAAUUUACGAGAGCUGGAAAUGAGGGAAAAUGCUCGUCCAAGGUCCGUUCAGAAGGAAGAAAUAAUAAACACGGAGAUAAAGUUCUUAAACUAUGUGUUGAAGACGAUUAACAUAUUGUAUGUGGUGUUGGUAAUGACGUUUGCAUUAAGUCCGCUGAUCAUAAUCGCGAUAAAAUACAUGCAGACUGGAGAAGUGGAGUUAAUCUUGCCGUUCCUGAUUUUGUAUCCUUUUGAUCCGUACAAUAUUAAACUUUGGCCGUUUGUUUAUCUUCAUCAGUUUUGGUCAGAAUGCGUGGUCACUCUGAACAUCUGCUGUUCAUACAUUCGAAUCCAGUUCAGGCUCCUGCAACACGAUUUCGAGAGAAUCAUAUCAGCACCUAGCGGCAACAGACGCGUCCGUGAAAACGACUUUAAGGCGAAGUUUAUUGAGCUGGUUAAAUGGCAUCAGGAUGCUAUUGAGUCCGUCUCUCUACUUGAAACCAUAUAUUCGAAGUCAAUAUUGUUUAAUUUUAUGUCAAGUUCAUUAAUAAUAUGUCUCACUGGAUUUAAUAUUACGGUGGUGAAUGACUUCGCAUUCGUGGUAACCUUCCUUAGCUUCCUGUUCAUGGGUUUAGUGCAAGUGUUCUUCUUGUGUUUUUUCGCCGAUUUGUUAUCGGAGUCGAGCGUGGAAGUAAGCAACGCAGUGUACAAUAGUCAAUGGUACAUGGCCGAUUCUAAUAUUGGAAAACAACUUUUACUAGUACAGACAAGAGCACAAAAGCCGUGCAAAUUAACUGCGUGGGGAUUUGCCGAUGUCAAUCUCAAUUCGUUUAUGAGGGUGCUUAGCACGGCGUGGUCUUACUUUGCUUUGCUACAAACGGUGUACGGUCAAUAAGACAAUUGAUCAUUUAAAAAAAUAUAUCAAAUUACAUAAUGCACUUAGUAGUCCUGAAGUUUCUAAACAUACCUUAAAAUGUAGUCGUUGGAAUGUUACAGUAGAAAGAUUGUAGUGUAAAUAUAUAUUAUUUUAAUUGGU